AUGGCGGCCACGACGCUCCUCCGCUGGACAGUCCCGGUCCGCAGCGGCUCCGCCUGGGGCUUGAGGCAGUGCACGGCCCCGAGGCGCCGACUCACGCACGGCGCCGGCCGUCCCGACGGCGAUAACGCCAACCGCUCGGCCUGGACCUGCUUCCCACUUGGCGAGCGCGCCCUGCUGCGCGUGCGCGGACCGGACUCGGCGCCCUUCCUCUCGGGGCUGCUGACCAAUGAGCUGCCGUUUCCGGGUCCUGGGGACGGGACGACCCCGCCUUCGGCGCGCGCGGGCUACGCCCACUUUCUCAACGUUCAGGGCCGGACGCUCUAUGACGUAAUUCUGUACCGACUCCCAGAGGAGCAUGUGGAUAUGGCAGCAGGCUUCUUCCUUGAAUGUGACGUCUCUGUGGUGGGUGCAUUGCAGAAGCACCUGACAUUCUACCGGAUCCGGCGGAAGGUAGAGGUGGAGCCUUGCCCAGAGCUGGGAGUGUGGGCCAUGCUGCCAGGCACCCCCGAGGCCCGUGGGGCCCAGCCCCUGCAUGAGAAGGUAGAGGAGGCUACAGUUCUCGCUGCCGACCCAAGGACAGCCUGCAUGGGCUGGCGGCUGCUCACUCCAAGGGAGAGCUCGGCCCUGCACCUGGUGCCCAGCAGCCAGCCUGGAGACCUCAGGGACUAUCACAGAUACCGAUACCAGCAAGGCAUUCCAGAGGGGGUCCGGGACCUCCCCCCAGGAGUGGCUCUGCCUUUGGAGUCCAAUCUGGUCUUCAUGAAUGGAGUCAGCUUUACCAAGGGGUGCUACAUCGGCCAGGAGCUGACUGCCCGCACCCACCACAUGGGUGUCAUUCGCAAACGCCUCUUCCCUGUGCAGCUAUAUGGCCUGCUCCCUGCGGCUGGCAUUGCACCAGGCACCUCCGUCCUCACUGAGUCAGGAAAGGCGGCUGGGAAGUUCAGAGCUGGUGAGGGUGACUUGGGAUUGGCCCUGCUGCAGACUGAGACAAUCAAGGGUCCCCUCCACAUCAAAACCUCUGAGAAUGGUCAUGUGGCCUUAACUGCUUCUGUGCCAGACUGGUGGCCCAAAGCCACCAAAUAA